ACUGAAGAGUGAAGAAGAUGAUGUAAAAAUACCACAACCAAUACACCAAUUAUGUUUUUGCCCACUUUCUUAUUAGUUGCUACCCUUGCUAAUAUAUAUUGGCGGAGGCCUAGACACGAGGAGGAAGAACAAAUUAUGAGGUAAUUAGAAGAAAAAAAAACACAUAACGUCUGGCUUAUUUGGUUAAACUUCUACUUAACGUUUUAACUUAUUUUUACUAUAUAACUAUGCUUUAACAUUGGCGCAAAUUUCAUGCUCUUUAAUUAUUUCUGUUUUUUUACUUGACAAAAGUCACAAAAUCACGUUUCACUAAAACCCACAAUUCUCAUGCAGUCAUGCAUAUAUGAUAUAUAGUUCAUCUCACACUACGCAUGCAUCACACAAACAUGAUCAUGCUGCCUAGCUAGGUUUAGGAAAGAUAUAUACUAAAUCCUGAGUGUGAAACACUUUUCCUUGUUUUUUAGAUAACAUCUUAAAAUAUGUUGUCUUGUAUUCUGCUAUUCACCGCAAUCAACAUAUCAACAUAAUUAAUUGUGGAAACUUUCGAUCCCUAUUUUAUGCCUAAUUUGUGGCCAAAACGGUUAUCUUAUUUAAAAUUGUACUAAGCACCACUUUUUAGUUUUUCACACACAAACAUUCGUACGCACAAGACAUAUAUAAUUUAUAUACACACUAUUACACACACGAAAGAAAAGAGGACUUUAAUUAAACGACGUACCUAGAGCAAAGCUAAGAACGAAGAGAGUAUAUACUUGUUAAUAUACGCAAAACUAAAAAUGAAAAAGCAAAAGAUCGCAACCGUUGUCCAAGAACUCAACUUACGGAUGAAAAAAGAACCGAUUAGUCUCCGAUACGUUCAAAUCCUCGGCACCGUGGUCUUCUUCACAUCCGUCUCCUCUCUCGUCAUCCUCCUCGUUCUUUACCUUAACCAACGUCUCCAAACAUCACUCUUCUUGGUCGAAGAACAUCACACUCUCACCUUAAAUCCACUAACUUCCCCUCGCUCUCAUCCUCCUUAUCCUUCUCCUCGCAGCUCUAGUAGUGAUAUUACAGACGAAGAACUGAUGCGGCGAGCAGCUAUGGCGCCACGCAGCGCCAUCAUGAACGGAACUCAUCCAAAAGUAGCGUUCAUGUUUUUGACAAGGUGGAAUUUGCCGUUGUCCCCUCUUUGGGAAAUGUUCUUCAAAGGACACGAAGGGUUUUAUUCCAUUUACGUUCAUACCUCGCCAGAGUUCACUGAGGAGCCGCCCGAAUCUUCCGUGUUUUACAAGAAACGCAUCCCAAGCAAGGCAGUUGAGUGGGGGAGAUCGUCGAUGAUGGACGCAGAGAAGCGUCUUUUAUCUCACGCGUAUCUAGAACCUUCCAACGCACGUUUCGUCCUCCUCUCCGAGACUUGCAUCCCUCUCUUCAACUUCACCACUGUCUACACUUACCUAACGCGCUCCACACGCUCUUUCCUCGGCUCGUUUGACGACCCAAGGCCCAUGGGACGAGGCCGUUACACACCCAAGAUGCUCCCACACGUGUCGCUUUCUGAUUGGCGGAAAGGAAACCAGUGGUUCGAGGUCUCGCGUAGAGUCGCCGCCGAGAUCGUCUCCGAUCGGCGGUACUACGGCGUGUUUAAGGAUCACUGCCGCCCGCCGUGUUACAUCGGUGAGCAUUAUCUUCCGACUUUGGUUAACAAGAUAUGUCCGGAGAUGAACUGGAACCGGACCGUGACGUGGGUGGAUUGGUCGAGGGGUGGGUCACAUCCAGCGAGGUUCGUGAGGAAAGAUAUCCGGGUCGGGUUUAUGGAUAGGAUCCGGUUCGGGUCGAAUUGUAGCUACGAUGGUGAGGUGACGAAUGUGUGUUUUCUAUUCGGGAGGAAGUUUCAUGUGAGCACCCUCGAGCCUCUCAUGAACAUUGCUCCAUAUUUAUUUGGACUUUAA